CCGGGUCGACGAGCGCGCGGCGGCGGCGGCGGCAGCGACGGCUGGGCCUAGUUGUGGCUGUCGUUCGUGCGGCGGCGGUGGCCAGCGCCCGGGAGCGGCCGGCUGGGCGCCAAGUUCCCGGAGCUGAACUCCAAUGUCCAGCAAUGGAUGACGACAGCCUGGACGAGCUUGUGGACCGCAGCCCAGGGCCAGGUGGACACCCAGGACUCAGCUCUGCUGCCCUGGCCGGUGAUACUGCAGACAGCAGUGACGGUAACAGUGAGGGCUUCGAGGAUGACACGGGCACUGAGCACAGCGAUGGCACCGAUGGAGAAGAUGAGGAGGGGGACCUGGAAGACGGAUCUGGUUCCGAAGAUUCCGAAGACGACGACGAUGACGUGGAAGCAUUAGUGGCAGUAGCGGAUACUCAGGGGGAGCUGGAAGCCGAUGACAUAUUUAAUUCUGAUGAUGAUUCCGAGAGCUGCCCAAUUUGUCUCAAUGCUUUCAGGGACCAGGCUGUGGGGACACCAGAGAACUGUGCCCAUUACUUCUGCCUGGACUGUAUCAUGGAAUGGUCCAAGAAUGCCAAUUCCUGUCCAGUUGAUCGGACUAUAUUUAAAUGUAUUUGUAUUCGAGCUCAGUUUGGUGGUAAAAUUUUGAAGAAGAUUCCAGUGGAGGAUGCCCGAGCUGGAGAGGACGAAGAGGAAGACCCCACCUUCUGUGAGGUGUGUGGCAGGAGUGACCGGGAGGACCGGCUGCUCCUCUGUGAUGGCUGUGAUGCCGGGUACCACAUGGAGUGUUUGGACCCCCCUCUCCAGGAGGUGCCAGUGGACGAGUGGUUCUGUCCGGAGUGUGCUGCCCCUGGAGCUGCCCCUGCCGCCGAUGCGGGUCCUGUGAGUGAGGAGGAGGUCUCCUUGCUCUUGGCCGACGUGGUGCCCACCACCAGCCGACUUCGGCCUCGAGCAGGGAGGACCCGGGCCAUCGCCAGGACACGGCAGAGUGAGAGAGUCCGAGCGACCGUGAACCGGAACCGGAUCUCCACCGCCAGGAGGAUCCAGCACGUCCCAAGGUACCUCAUGUCUUCCCUGCUUGACGAGACCAUCGAAACCGUCGCUGCGGGUCUGAGCACUGCCGUGUAUCAGCACCCCCUGACUCCUCGAGCCCCCGCCAAACGGAGAAGGAAAAGAGGAAGACGGAGGAAAGCGUCAGGAAGGAAGAAGACCCCAUCCAAAUCAUCCGUGACGGGCAAGAGGAGCUCCGGGACAAGAUCUAAGAAACGCCAGGGCCGCGUGAGGAGGAGGACGGGGAAGAAGAGAAAGAAUGAAAUCACAGCUCGUUCUCGCAUUGCACGGACGCUGGGCCUCCGGAGGCCAGUCCGCGGAGCCUGCAUCCCAUCCGUGUACAAGCCUGCAGACCCCUCUCUAGGGCUGAUGCGUGCGGACAUCGGAGCAGCCUCUCUCUCUUUGUUUGGAGACCCCUAUGAGCUGGACCCUUUCGACAGCAAUGAAGAGCUGUCUGCAGACCCAGCUUCCCCUCUGAGUGCCAAGAGGAGGAUCCUCUCUCAGUCAGCUGUGCAGUCUCACCAGCCUGUGGCCAGGCCCAUCUCCAUGGGGCUCUCCAGGAGGAGUGUUCCUGCCGCGGUGCCCGAGCCAGAAGUGGACGAGGCCCCUGUCCCCGACCUGCUGGGGAGCAUCCUGUCGGGCCAGAGCCUCCUCAUGAUGAACAGCGCCGACAUUGUCAUCCACCGGGACGGCUCCCUCAGUGCCAAGAGGGCAGCGCCCAGUCCUGUUCAGCGAAACUCAGUUGGUCUGUCCAGAGAGGGAGAAGGCCCUGGGUCUGGAGAUUGCCUGCAGCCUGGGGCACCAUGCUCAGGAAGGGGGCUACAGAGCCUGGGGCCACGCUGUCAGAGCAGGCCUGCCUCGGCCCCAGCCCCGGCCACCCACUCCUGUGUCCCUGCACUCACCUUGGGGGCAGCUGUGAGACUGGACUCCUCAGGGACCUCUCGGUCGGGUCAGGCUCAGAACUUGUCGAACGUCAUCCGGCCUGGCUUAAAACAAAGUGACAGCCCCCGACUGAAUGGUGAAGGGAAGCACGCUUUGCCUCUCAGAUUUGUGUCCUCUAAGGUCUCAGAUCACAGCUCUGACUCGCCAUCUCAGAGUGCUGUGCUAGGACAGGCCCCCAAACCAGCUCCCAGGAGAACUGACAUCUCUGAGCUACCCAGGAUCCCAAAGAUAAGGAGAGACAACAGCGGCAGCAGGCAGGCAGACGCGGUCCCCACCGGGCAGUGCGUCGAGAUCCCCAGCUCCUGCAUAAGCCGACUCACUGGCAGGGAGGGCCCUGGGCAGCCUGGUCGUGGUGCCCGGGCAGAGGGCGAGCCCAGCAGCAGGGGCCCACAGGAGCCCAGCACGCACUCGGGGGGCGGCCCCCAGUCCCCGGCCCCACUGGGAUCCUCGAGGGGCAAGGGUGUCGGCUCAACCUUUGAGAGCUUCAGGAUCAACAUUCCUGGGAACACUGCCCCUUCCAGCAGACUCUCCAACCCUGGCUUCUGUAACACCUUCCGGCCUGUCGACAACAAGGUGCAGAGGAAGGAGAACCCCUCGCCCCUCUUCUCCAUCAGGAAGGCGAAGCAGCUCAAGAGCGAGAUCUACGACCCCUUUGACCCUACGGGCUCUGAUUCCAGUUCUAUUGGCAGCAGCCCUGAGCAUCUCGGCACUGGCCUCUUGCCCUCUGAGAUCACGCGCACCAUCUCCAUCAACAGCCCGAAGGACCCACCGUUGCAGACUGUGCGCUGCGUCACCUCCUACACGGUGGAAACCACCUUUGGACCGGAGCCCGAGCCUUCUCGGGGGCCUUCCUCCAGCCUGCUCAAGCUCCGGAGUGAGGGGACCACCAAGGGGGCCUCCAACACAGAGCGCGAGGGGCUGGGCAAAGAGGAGCCUGCUGAGGGCCAAGCCUCAGUCCCCCGGGUCCCAAGACCAUCCCCGCCAGAGCCCUGGGAGGAUGAGGACCCGCCACCCCGCAGCACCUUCUUUGACUCCGAGGAGCGGACAGUGACCUGUGUGUCAGUGGUGGAGCCAGACGCCCCACCGAGCCCAGAUGCCCCGCAGACAACCACCCAUAGGAUCGUGGAGCUGCGGUCCCUCUCCCGCUCCCGCUCCACAUCAAGCUCCCGUGGCCGGAAGAAAGCCAAGAGGAAGCGAGCCACUACCAGGGAGCACAGGAGGGCCCACUCAGGCACUCGCUCCGGCUCCCACUCUGGGGACAGGAGCUCACAGUCAGUGUCGCCACCAGUGGGUGAGGACCACGCCAAGAGGCACAGGCCCAAGGCCAGGAGCCGGAGGUCUUCCAGCGACUGCUCCAGCAGCCACGAGCGAGCCAAGCGGAAGAAGGCCAAGGACAAGAGUGGGGAGAGGAGAAGGGCCUCCUGGGGCCGAGGCCGCCACAGGUCCCGGUCCCGCUCGGGCAGCCCUGGCAGCUCCUCCCAUGACCGCCGCGAGAGCAGGAGGAAGAAAAAGAGGGAGUCAGGCUCCAGGUCUUGGGGGAGGGAGUGCUCGCCCCCCAGCAGCCUGGAGAGAGCCCGGAGGCACCGGCACCCAAGGGAGAGGAGCCGCGAGCGGCCCCGAGACAGGCGGGGCUCCCGUGAGAGGAAGAAGCGCAAGUGCAGAUCGCCAAGCGUGGAGCUCAGGUCCAGGGAGCGCCGGCGGCCUCGUUCCCGUGAGAAGCGGCCACGGCCCCGCUCCCGCUCCCGCUCCCGCUCCCCAGAGAGGAAGUUGGCCGUGAAGGAGGCUUCUCCACAGCCGCCUCCACAAGAGGAGGCAAGGCCAGACAGGGAGCCCCCGGCCAGGCUGCCAGCUUCAGCAGAAGCAGACACCUCUCCAGAAGAGGCUGAAGCUCACAAGGCCCCCCCAAAGGCCGCCCCUAUGCUGGAGGUGCCAUCUGAGUGUCCACCUGAGGACCUGGACUAUGGCGACUCCGUCGAGGCAGGGCACGUCUUUGAGGACUUUUCUAGCGAGGCCAUCUUCAUGCAGCUGGAUGACAUGAGCUCCCCACCCUCGCCAGAGAGCACGGACUCCUCCCCAGAGCGAGACUUCCCACCCAACCCUGCUGUGCCCCCGGCCAGCCAGCAGCAUGACACCAGCCUGGCCAUGGCCGUCAUCAGAAGGGAGGUGUCACUGAUCCACGGUGAGGAUGCUGUGCAGCCCCUGCCCCUGGCAGAGGGCCCCCAAGAGAAGCCCUUGCUCUGGCAGGAUGCAGACGAGGCCGCUGCGGUACCCAGCGCCCUGGGAAUCCAGGCCUUGGGCGGGGCACCUGUAGGGAAGGAGGAAGGCCCCUCUCAGACCCCCCUGCUGCGGGCUAAAGCCCUGGUGAAGAGGGUCACCUGGAACCUGCAGGAGGCAGAACGUGGUACCCCAGCGGAAGACCGAGGCCUGCGGACGCCACUUCACAGGCCACAGAAGCCCCAGGAAGGGGUCUGGGAAACAGACGACGUGGGCCCCACAGCAGCCUUCCAGCAGGUGUCCUUCUCAGAGACCCCUCCCCCAGGCUGUGUGCUCCCAGGGCCUGGCUUCCCUGACACUCACCCCUCUCAGGUUCACUACUCCAACCUGCCUCCCGCCCUGGCUCUGCCCUCGGGUGUCCCACCCUAUGCACCAGUCAGCCAGCCUGCAGUCCAGUUCAUGCUGCAGGGGAGCCUUCCCCCUGCGGGCUGCAGGGUGGCACAGAGCCCAGCUCCAGUGCCCACCAUCCUGACCACAGCCUCAGAGCCAGCUGGCCACGCGGCCAACAACGCAGAGGAGAACACGGCUGCUCCCAGGCCAGCCUUGGACAAGGCCAAGAACGAAGAGUACAUGAAGAAGCUGCACAUGCAGGAGCGGGCAGUGGAGGAGGUGAAGCUGGCCAUCAAGCCCUUCUACCAGAAGAGGGAAGUGACGAAGGAUGAGUACAAGGACAUCCUUCGUAAGGCUGUGCAGAAGAUCUGCCACAGCAAGAGCGGGGAGAUCAACCCUGUGAAGGUGGGCAACCUGGUCAGGGCCUACGUGGACAAGUACAGGCACAUGCGCAGGCACCGGAGGCCCGAGGCUGGGGAGGAGCCGCCCGCCCAGGGCGCUGAGGGCUGAGGCCAGCCAAGGCCAUGGGGCACACCCUGGGAGCUGGUGCCCCGUGAUGGCAGUGGUGGCACUUCCCCAGAUCCCCAGGCAGUUCUGUUGGAAGUGGCAGAAGUAGAAAAGUGGGGACAUCUAGCGCUCCUGUUUUCAGGGUUCCUGUGAUCACACGUGGUCUGUGCACCUGUCUUGCUCACAGCUUAAAACUGGACUUUUUUAUAUGUAUAUUAUAGAUUCACAGUUUCCAUUGUGUUCUAAUUUAUCAAAAAUGGAUUCUCUUUAGAAACUUC